GCAGAGCAGUAGACGCCAUGGCCGACCGGAUCAGCACUGGGGAGCUAGGCCGGAGGCCGGGGCAGGGCAGAGUAAAUCUUUUGCUGGUUGGAGAUGCCACAAGAUACUUCCUGGCUGGCUCUAUGCAGAAAUUCUUUUCUAGCACAGCACAGAUCACCCUGACCAUUAGCAAUGUGAAGAAGGUAGCCGUGCUUUUGGCUGCUAACUCGUUUGACAUAAUUUUCUUGAAGGUGACUUCCACCCUAACUGCAGAGGAGCAGGAGGCUGCCAAGUUAAUUAGAUCUGGCAAGAAGAAAAACACACAUUUGCUGUUUGUUUUUGUAAUACCUGAAAGACUCAGAGGCUAUGUUUCAGAAUAUGGAGCUGACAUUAGUUUCAGUGAGCCGCUGACCUUGGAAAAAGUGAACACGGUGAUACACUACUGGAAAACGUAUUUCACAAAUACGGAUAUGGAAAACACUGAGUUGCCUCCAGAAUGCCAGCUGUACUUCCAGACGUCCCGCAGUGAACUCGGAGGGCCUUUUUCUACAGAUAUGUUUCUUUGCUCUGAACUGCUGAAGAAUGACGCUAGACUUGGAUUAAAGGCCCCGUUGUCGAGUCUAGACAAAAGCAAACAGGCUUCUUUUCUUCACUCAACCAAAGAAAAGCUGAGACGAGAACGCAUCAAGUCUUGCUGUGAGCAGCUGCGCACUCUCCUGCCAUACGUCAAGGGGAGGAAGAGCGAUGUGGCAUCAGUCAUUGAGGCCACAGUUGAUUAUGUGAAGCAGGUCCGGGAGUCUCUCUCUCCAGCCAUUAUGGCCCAGAUUACAGAAGCCAUUCAGAGAAAUAGAAGGUUUUCUAAAAGACAGAUGCCCAUCGAGCUGUUUCUUCCAUUCUCAGCCACGUCACAGAGGGAAGAUGCCAUGCUGACCAGCGCUUUCUCACCUGUGCAAGAGAUUCAGCUCCUGGCUGAUCGGGGCCUGAAUGUGUACUCCAUGACUGCUGGAGGAGGAGCUUUGGAGGGAGCAGUGAGAGGUCAGCCAGGCUCUGUUCCCGAGAGCUCUAUUGAGGAUCUUUAUAAGACUCGCGUCCCCAGCACGGACCUCUCUCUGAAUUCCUUCCACUCUGUCAAAUACACUUCUGGACCUGUCUCUCCCCAUGAGGCAGUUGCCAGGACAAAUCAGAACAUUUCCACUUAUUUACCACCUACUGCACCCAGUGUGUCCAACUUUAUUCCUCAGCACUGCAAUGCCAUGCUUUGCCCAGCAUGCCCAACCAGUCCCAACUGCCUGUGCACUCCAGGCCAUGAGCUUCCAGCCAGUUCUCGCGCUGCCUCGGCCAGCAUCUUUCGUGGAUUCCGUGCGUCAGAUUCAGAUCACAAGGCCUCUCAGCCACCUGCUCUGCCAUCUCCGCAGCCUCACGACAGUAGUUACUUUUAAGAAAAAUUAAUAUUUGAAAAUAUGUAGGUUUGGUUGCCUGAUGUUAGUUUAUUAACUUUCAUGAUGCAGAAAUGCAUUUGUGACAUUGUAAGAAUGGACUAAACUCAAUUAAUGUGCACUUCUCCCUCCCAACAGUCUGGGUGGUAUUAACAGUCCAUGUGUGGGGCUCAUAUUCUAGACCACGUGCCGGGCACAGUUGUUCAGUUGAGGAAGAAGGGACAAAGAAAGAUACUUGAAAUCUGCUGACCCCGUUGUCUGAUAAAUGUGCUAGAACCAUCCAAAGGUGCAUAGAAAGAUUGUUGAUGACAGUGAGAGCCUUGUGUUCUCAGGCAUCUUCAUCCAUGUUGGGAUUUCCCUGGCCAGAGAGCUGCAAGCAGCGGCAACCCAAGUGACCCACACACACAUUAAUUCUACCAAAAAGUAAUUGUGACAUUACUGUGAAAACCAUACUACAAAGAAGGCCCAUGUGGAUGUAAGCGUCUACGGCCAGGCAGGCCAGCACGCAUGGCUCCUGCAGCCUGGUGAUUGGCUCUGUCAUUGAUUUCUGUUGGUAUCUUUUCUAGAUUGGCAUUUGAAAGAGCCCCCUUCUUCCGUCAUUAUCCAAACUAAGAUAAGCAGGAGAUAAGGAGCGGCAGCCCUGCCCGGUUGGCGAUGUGGGUAGAUUGCUGUGCUUUCCGCUGGGUUUUACAGGCUUGUGAGUAGAAUGGCAGCCAGGAGGCAUUACUUUCCUUGCUGAACCCACACAUUUCUGUCCUUUCCUUAACAGGGCGAUUGAGCAACUGUUGGAAACAAGGGGAGAGAAGGAUGGCUGUUUUAUAUUUCACUGAAAUGUUCUUACACAAAAGUUUUAUUGUUAAAGUGUCUAGGUUUACCCUGUAAUCCAUUGUUUUGUUUAAUAAAAUGUUUUCUCUUUUAAUAAUA